AUGACUGGUCAACAAUCACAACUAUUACACCCUCAACUACCACAUCAACAGCUACAACAAUCUCUUCAACAGCCUCAGUUAGCAGCCACAGGAAUUGAUUUAGGUGUUCAUCCUUCUGGAAUUGUCCCAACACUCCAAAAUAUUGUUGCCACGGUAAACUUGGAUUGUCGCCUAGAUCUUAAAACAAUUGCUCUACACGCUCGUAAUGCAGAAUAUAAUCCAAAGCGAUUUGCGGCUGUUAUUAUGCGUAUUCGUGAGCCCAAAACUACAGCUCUUAUCUUUGCAUCAGGCAAGAUGGUUGUCACAGGUGCCAAGAGUGAGGAUAACUCAAAGCUGGCAUCCAGAAAAUAUGCCAGAAUCAUUCAAAAGCUUGGAUUUCAGGCAAAGUUUACUGAUUUUAAAAUUCAAAAUAUCGUUGGUUCCUGCGAUGUCAAAUUCCCUAUUCGGCUUGAAGGACUUGCUUAUGCCCACGGGCAUUUCUCUAGUUAUGAACCCGAAUUGUUUCCUGGCCUAAUUUACCGUAUGGUCAAACCAAAGAUUGUUCUCCUUAUUUUUGUAUCCGGCAAGAUUGUUCUUACUGGUGCAAAAGUCCGAGAAGAAAUUUACCAAGCUUUUGAAAGCAUUUAUCCUGUGCUUACUGAGUUCCGGAAGCCAUAGUUUAUCUAACCUUCUGAAGCACUUGCUGUUUACUU